CCAGCCUCCUAUCCAAUGGGUAUCGGGGGCUCUUUCACAGGGGGUAAGGCGACCGGGGUGUGAAAUGUCGACCGGCUUUUACCGACUGUAAGGCGAUAUAUCCCAGAAAAUAGUACUCUUCAAUGAAAUUCAAGUCAGUGAAAGGCCUCCAUAUCGAAUUAGCAUAAUCUGUGACUUUUGGGGCUACGUGGAAAAGUUCAUGUAAGGCCGUAUGUAAACUAGGUAUUUUUUAACGAUCAGCAUACUUGAAGGCCAGAAUUGCCGAACAAUUUUUGUAGAAGUCACCAUAUGGAAUUUAAUUAAAAUCUGAUGUGGUUUGUGGGGUAAAUGGGAGAGUUCAUCUAUUGUCUUACGUAAAUUAGCUUCUAUUAUGAAUCAAUAUAGCGGAAAAUUGGAAUUGCAGAGGAGUUUUGAUGAAGGUUUCCGUUUCAAAUUAUAAGCAAAUCUACCCAGUGGUUUAAGCUUCUGUGCUAUGUCAAAGCAAGAUGGGCAUGCAAUUGAAAAUGGAAGUUAGUGGACGGUGAAAAGAAGACUUUACGUUUGCUGCUUGACAGUGAGACUGCAAUAAAUCCGUUGCCAGAAUACGACCAGUGAAGGCUGAGAACACUAGUGUGCGUGUACCGGUGAACUGCAAAGUGUGUGGAUCAGCGGUAGCGCUGCAUUUCUUCUAGUUACGAGCUGAGUGUUUACGUGCAGUAAAUCCAAUCAUCCAAUCCCAAACCCGUCUGACAGACACACCCCACCCCUACACGUGACAAUAAAAAUACAUAAAACUUAAACGAACACAUAAGUGAAUAAAUACUCGUAAAUAUGAACUUCAUCCAGCGGCAUAUACACGUUCUUCCAUGUUAUCAAUGAAGGGAGCAGAAAAUGUUUCAGGAGGGUGCACUCGUACAGUGUUUUACAGACAUCGGCAGUGCUCAAGUCGCUCAAGUAGAGCGGAACAUACGCGACGACCACGGCUGAGUCCAGUUGCAGUGUACAUCUUCCAGCGAGACACAGAGCAUGCUACUUUUCGGCCGGAGCAUGCGUGACAUUCUGCCCCGGGUUGUAGUGUUGCUCCUGUUUCAAGACGUCUCGACAACCAUUUGGAACGCGAUGGAUCUCCGAUACUGGAAAUGCGUGCUGAAGAGGACCAACUCGUGUCCGGACCCAGACAUAAAGUUCUUCAUCUACAGUGGUGACUAUCCACAUCGCAAGCAGCUCGAUGUGCAGAACCCGAGGUCGCUCCACUAUGGCGGCUGGGACCCAGACAAGCGCAGUGUCAUCAUCAUACACGGGUUCAACGAGUCGGAGAGUGACACUCCAAUAUCAUUCGUCACCAAAGCAUACACGGAGCGCGGGGACUACAAUGUCUUCACGGUGGACUGGGAGCCUCUCACGAAGUUCCCUUGCUACCUCUCGGCUCUGAGCAACACGCGGCUGGUGGCCCAAUGCUCGGCCCUUCUGUAUAGUUACCUGACACGCCACGGAGCGCGCGCCACCAGCAUGCAGUGCGUGGGACACAGUCUCGGAGCGCACAUCUGUGGCAUGAUGAGCAGCCACCUGUCGUCCAAGAUGCACAAGAUAAUCGGUUUGGAUCCCGCAAGGCCGCUUGUAAACGAGUAUUCUUCGCGGGCCUUCCGGCUGACAAGGGACGACGCUCACGUGGUGCAGGUGAUCCAUACAAACGCAGGGUUCCUGGGCGUAGAGGCUCCUGCGGGUCAUGUGGACUUCUGCAUUAACAACGGCCAAUUCCAGCCCGGCUGUCGCGGACACCGCAUUCGGCAGGCGCGAUGCAGUCACUUCCAAAGCGCUUGCUACUUUGCGGCCACAGUGUCACGGCAGACAACGAUGGGCGUCCCAUGUACCGCCGUCUGUCCCAGAAGAGGGCGCAGUCUGGGCCUGCUGCCAGGAACCCCAGUUCCGAUGGGAGAAGAAACACCCGAUGGGGCGACGGGGACAUACUGUGUGACUCUCAGGCAUGGACGCGACUGUCCGUUUGACUGACUCGACCGCCUGAUGGCAGCACUGCAUUCUGGGAAGAAAUCCAAACUGGGUUUUGUGAAGUUUAUGGAAGUGUGAAGUAAAUUUCCCAGGACAAAUUGCGCGAAAGUUCCGCUAUCAGACAAUCCGAUGGCGAGAAUAGUUUGCUAUAAAUACUGGGAAAGUGGACUUCCAGUCAAAAUAAAUACAUAUUAAGCUGAGACUGCAGUUAAUUGUGUGAUUUAGGACCCGAAUGUUCUCUAACUUUAUGAGGGCGUGCUCUGUGUCCUAACGUCAACAUGUCGGCAUCCGCAGACAGCUCUACUUGCUGAUUGCACCCUGACUCAUCGACUCUGACGAUCGAAACAUGUUCCUCAGAAACGUCGGCAAAGUGUAUCAGACUACACGGCGUCAUAUCACUGAAGCUAGUACCAGUAAACGUGGUGAGAGCCACGGAUCUCACAACACGUCA